UCUCUCUCUCCCUAUCUCUCUAUCUUCUACUACGAGUACUAUAUAUAAUCCUAAUUUCUAUCUCUAUAUAUCUAGCUAGGGUUUUCAAUUGCUCUAUGUAUCUAGACUCCUUUUUCUGUUUACGCGUAAAAUCUUCUCCUUUCUUAGACUUCCUCGUUUCCGUCUUUCUCGUACCUACUUCAACAGCUAGCAGAUUUAGAACACCACCGAAUCUUUGUUUUUCUUAAUUAUUCCAAGCUAGAUUCUAUCUUUUUCUAACUUCCUUCUUUCUUGUUUACUUGUUUUUUCUAUAUAAACCGAAACAACUACAAAAGUAUCUGUUUUUGUGGGCUUUCAAAAGCACUACACUUACAUCACUUUUUUCAGUCAAAGAAUUUUAUUUUCAAUCCAUCACACAAAAUUCCCUUUUUUUUUUUUGAAAUGGUUGUCUUACUUACUUCCCUUUUUAUCCAUUUUUAGGAAAAAGGAUUUCCAUUUGGCCGGCCAUUUAUAUAUAUACCUUAUUAGUUUAUUAUAAUUAUUAUACCUCGAAAUAUAUAAUCAUCAUUUUCUUUUAAUUAAUGGCUCCUAGAAAGAAUGCAAGAAAACCUAUUAAGAAGAAGAAGAAAAACCAUCCUGUUGUUGUUGAAAAGAAACAAGAGAUGAUGAUGAUGAUGAUCACUAAUAAUAAUAAUAAUAAUAAUAAUAAUAAUAAUAAUAAUUUAUCUUCAUCACCAGUUAAGUUAUUUUCUGAUGAUUCGAUGAAGAAGAAGAAUAAGAACAUGGAGAAUAAUAAUGAUGAUCAUGAGAAUAGUAUUAGCAUUGGAUGUACAACACCUAAAGCGCAAAAGUACAAGAUACCCAAGAUUCUAACAUGUCCACCAGCACCAAAGAAGAGGAGGCCUACUAGUGUUUCAUCAAGUUGCACAUUGAGUAGAAGAACACAGCAAAUAUCUUUCUUUGAUCCGCCAGAUUUAGAGCUUUUCUUUGCUUCUCAUUUGGCAUCUAUCUAUAAUCGUGUUCAUACUCAUGUAAGAUAAUGAUCAUCAUAUUUUCUCUUUAAUUAGCAAUUAAGUUUAAUAACUAGCUAGUAGUUCUCUUUUAUUUAAGUAGUAGUUAUGAUGAUGAUGAUGAUCAUAUAGUUUUUUGUUAUUUUAAUAGUUUGGGCUUUUCUCCUCUGAUUAAUGUGACCCUAUUUAAUCAGAAUCUCUUUUCAUAGAGAUAAAUUAAUUAAUAGAGGGAGAUAUAUAGAUUGAAGUAGUAGUGUGUGAAAAUUUGGGGAACUAGUGUGUGGUUUUUAUUUGAAGAAAAGGUGCCUCAACUUCUUUGGAGUUUUAUUUUUGAUGGAGUUUUUUUGUGUGGUAGGGUAUGAUCAUUAUCAAGUUAUGCUAUAGCUAGCUAGCUAAUUGAUGUAUUGCUAACUUUUUCCAGUUUGAGCAUCAUGAGUGCAGUAUUGUAUGGUUUUGAAUUAUAUUAUAAAUAUUUUGGGGAUUGAAUGAA